AUGACAAAGAUGAUAAAGAUUGGAUUAACAGGAGGAAUAGCAUCUGGUAAAUCGACAAUACUAGGAUACUUGAGUGAAUUAGGGGUUAAGUGUAUCGAUGCAGACAAGGUGGCACACAAUGUAUACCAAAAGGAUACUGAUAGCUAUCAAAAGAUUGUUGGAGAGUUUGGUUUGGACAUUGUAAACGAACAAGAUGGAUCAAUAGAUAGAAGAAAGUUGGGACCAAUCGUAUUCUCUAGUGCCGACAAGAUGACUAAACUAUGCUCUAUAGUGUGGCCAGAGAUGAAGACAAUCAUUCAACAACAAUUCGAUCAAUACCAACAAGACAAUGAACCAGCUGUCGUAUUGGAAGCUGCUGUUUUAGUAGAGGCUGGAUUCACCGAGCUAGUUGAUACUAUCUGGGUGACCAAAAUCGAUAGACAAGAAGCCAUCAAACGUAUAUGUCAACGUAACAAUCUCUCUGAACAAGAAGCAAUCAAACGUAUAGACAGUCAAUUAAGUAAUCAAGAACGUGAACAACAUGCAACCGUUGUAUUUGAUACAACGGGUGACAAAGAAAUAACAAAACAAAAAGUAUUAUCAGAGUAUUUUAAAUUGGUUCCAAAGAAAUGA